ACACACACACACACACACACACACACACAUCAAUCUACUCUUUUUUUCUGCAAUCACUUUGAGAUAAUAUUUAGUAUAUUUCAAAGUUUUCAGUAUAUCUUCAUUAAUAUUUCCCAACUUUUUCGUAUCUCGUUCCAUUUUUUUUUUUUUUUUUUUUUUUUAUGCUACAUUCCUAGGCCCGGUUCAUACGACCCGUCUCACGCGUCCGUCUGGAGAGGGAGUGUGCCAUUAACUACGUCACUCUGUCGAUGGGAAAAUUAAUCGACAUACACUCUCUCUAGACGAACGUAUGAAAAGGGCAGUGUGAAACUGAAAACCACAUCUAACCUGAAAAACCUCUCUAAGAAACGAAUCGAGGAACUUAAACAAGGAUACUGUCUGUAUAGCAAGUACACAUUCUGAAACAUUUCUGCGCCGCACUUCCAUUAUUUUCAAAAGGCUCUUGACACGUUUUUUUUUUUUUUUCUUUUCAUGGUUCUAGUGAAAGAUUAAUAAUAUUUCUACAUCAUUAACAGGAGAAACACUCUUGAGAACCUGGUUUAUCAUCUCCGUGGCCUUUGAAAAUAGUCGUGGUGAGAGAGCAAAGCGUUUAUCAAUAAUGGCCUACAAUUUCAACCUACGCGCUGUGUAAUUAACUGUCAAAAACACUAUUGUCAAACUAAUAAUUUCCCGACGCAGAGUAAGGAAGUGGUCAGUAAGUUCGUGGUUCCGAGGAUCACUAGCCGUGCGUUCUUGAACCUCCUUAGAUCAGGCAAAGCACAGCCAUUACCUACACCUGCAAGCACCUCUCUUGUGGCUUAUAUGAUCGUCUCUUGAAUGUAAAAAGUGGUAAGCAGCAGUCAUGUGGUUUUGUUGAUCCUUACUUUCCUGUGGCAGUUAAAUGAGGUGAACAGACUUAUGUGAUGGGAAUGGGAGGAAGGGGGAGGCAGUAAUUGAAAAAAAAAAAAAAAAAUGGACUGAAGAAGACUGAAAGAAGCUAUAACGGAAGACAGAGGCGAUGGGAGAAGAGAGCGGUGGGGGAGGCUUGUUCCGGGCAGAGUAAAUUACCUAGCACCUAUACGGAACUUGAAUUACUGGCGCCACCACCAUCACCAACAGUACAUCCGUCACCAGGAGCACCUGUCACCAUAGUGAGGGUGAAACACACACAGCGUGGAGGACACAGAGCCCCGCCCGCCACGCAGUCCAGUCCUUGCCCCGCUUCGCUGAACACUACGAAUUCAGGUGGCAUCUCCGCCCUAGCCCGCCACCAUGCCGGUCCUCAAGUUCGUCAUGUCGGAAACCCUGGUCAGCGACAAGAGCGGCUGCUGCAGGCGUGUGGCGCGAGUUCUCUUCUCUCACAUCGGGCUGUUUGUGCUGGUGGCGCUCUACGCCGUGCUGGGGGCGUAUCUCUUUAUCGCUGUGGAGGAAGACCACGAGGAGAAGCUGAGACAAAACAAGAAACGCGUCUCCCUUGACCUCAUCGACGCCAAGAACUACAUCGUGAAGCUGCUGGUGUAUAACAGAGAUAAGAACCUCACCAAGAGCAAAUACAUCGACAUGGUGAUGGGCAAGCUGGAUAUGUUCCAUGAUUUCGUGGUAGAGAAAGCCUCAGACCCCGACAUCAACUACGACGGGGAUGAGAACUCGUGGGAUACCGCCUGGACCUUCCCUAAGUCCCUGCUGUUCACCGUCACCACCAUGGGAUCCAUCGGAUAUGGCCAUAUUGCACCCAAAACCACCGCGGGCCGCCAGAUCACCAUCUUGUACAGUGUAGUGGGCAUCCCUCUGCUCCUUGUCUUCCUGGCCAACAUCGGUGACUUUUUGGCAAAAUCUUUCAAAUACAUUUACAGCCGCUGCUGCUGCCGCUGGUGCAGGGCUCGCCGCAAGCUGUCUGAAUUACGCAAGGGCAACAAACUGCCGAAACGCGCUGUGAAUAAGGAGACUGUUGGUCGCGAGAAGUUCAUGCCUUCUACAAAGGUGAACGUGCCCAUCACUGUGAACCUGAGCGUGAUAGCGGUGUACCUCGUGAUGGGCGGCGCUCUCUUCAGCUGGUGGGAAAACUGGGACUCACUCUCGGCCAUCUACUUCUCCUUCAUUACGCUCACCACCAUUGGCUUCGGGGAUUAUGUGCCCGGCAGGUCCUUCCUUGACCUGCACGACAGCGCCUCGGCAACUCUCAAAAUGCUCGUCACUGUGUUCUAUUGUUUUUUUGGGAUGGCUCUGGUGUCCAUGUGCAUUAGCUUGAUGCAGGAGCAGCUGGUACAAAAGACACGCUGGCUCCUCACGGAGAUAGGCAUCAUGGAGGAAGACAUUGAUCCCAUGCAGAAGUACAAGUACAAGAAGAGUCAGAGAGGCACAGUGCUGGAGACCAACAAGGACCGAGAUGGUAACAAGAGGCUGAGACUCCUCAGCGUGGACGAGGGAGAGUCCUCGGCAUCCCGCCCUCCCAUUUUCAUCAACAUCAAAGACGAAAAUGAAAAGUAGAUGAAGCGGUAGACAAAGCGGUGAAUUAAUUACCAGCAGCCAUUCAACUGUAAUUAUAAUGUAACAAGAAAUUAUGUAGUUAUGUUAAUCACUUUCUUGCGAUAAACUCAGAAUGCAGUCUGAUAUAAAGCCUUACCUAACAUUAUUAUUAUUAUUAUUAUUAUUAUUAUUAUUAUUAUUAUUAUUAUUAUUAUUAUUAUAAAUUACCAUAUUAUUGUCAAAAUAUCUACAUUAGUAUUUACCCUGUCUUAAAGAAGGUUGAUCGAGUGAUGACUGUCAUUCUCCUAAAUGGGCAUGUAUUUAUUCACACUAGUUAUAUGAUCAAUAUAUACUUUGAUCUCUGCUGUCAGUUUUCAGACUUGGCCUAUGAUGAGGGGGAUGCAAACAGGAUCUACGAAAAAGCAGAAGCUGCUAUGAAAGAACUCAAAACUAACUUUUUCUUUGCAUGUGUGUAAUUUUAAUGUAAAGAUCCGGAAAAGGGAGAUCACUACGAAACUUUUGAACAGAUACACAAAAUUAUAGUAGUGAUAAGUUGUUAGAAUUUGCAGAAGAGAAUGAUUUGAAAGUUGAUACUUUUCCUUUUCAAACACAAGCCAGACCAGAUAUGUACACAGAAGAGCAUGGGUGUUGAAAUGAAUAAUAAUAUUAAUUUAAUCUAUGCUGACAGAUUAAACAUAAUAAAUGAUGCAGCAGUACUGGAUAACCUGUCUUGUGGCCAGGGGAUAUCAAAAUGCUAUGAAAAAAACAAAACUGGAGAGGUGAAACAUUCUAACAGAAGAAAAGAAGUAGAGCAAAUUAACUAUUAUAAUUCAGAGUCAUUACUUGCAACUUUUAAUCAGUAUAAAUAAAUGAAGGACUUACUUGAAAAUCUAAAUAUAAGCCUUACAAUCAGCUCUAGAAGCGAGCAGGAAGGCAUCUUAGGAAGUAAGAAAGAGGCUCUCUAAAGCCACCCAAGAUCAAAGAGAAUCAAGGAGGGAUGUAAGUAACACCUAGCAUGACAAAAAUAACUUGGAAUUGUCGCACUUCACCCUCAGUAAAACCUUCAGACACCAGCAAAAAUAAAGAUGACUGUGGUGCAAUAGGUUGAGGCAAAUCAACAUUGUCCCAUGUCAGCCUAAAUGCACACAUAGGCCUUGAGCACUGAGAGAGCCUGCUUCUGUUCACUUACUAUAAAACAGGGAUGGAUCUACAUUGAGUUGUGACCUUGCUAUUCACCUGAGAUGAAAAUACAUAUUACACAAUGCUGAAUUUAAGCAAUAAUUUUUAGAUUGAUUUAACUCCACUGUCAAUCACUAUUGCUCCACUCCAACAUUACCAACCUCACUUUCAUUUCUCUAAGCAUGGCACUCAUAAGCAAGUUGAACAAUCAGUUGCAUUACAUAUCUUUGCCCCACACACCCCCGUUCUGAAAAUUUUCACUUCUCUGUACACUAACACAUACACUGAUGUUUUCUUCAAUACUUCCACUUCAUCCACUUUCUCCUAUUCCUCACUUCAUAAAUAUGCAAAUUAUUGCCUUUAAAUUUAUUCUCAGACAAACCUCUUAAUCAAUGAAUGCACUGUUCACCUCUUGCAUCUUUCAUAAUUUUUCUCAAAGGAUCUAAUAUUGAUAAAUAUAAAAACAUGCUCAAAUUACAAAAUUUAAUUACGUGUGCUGAACAGGUACAACUGUCAACACUAGUUGUACAAUACAACAUUCUGUGGUAAUCUACCAGUAGAUUUGUACAUCACACUGCCAUAAGAUAAUAAUGAAUGUAGCAAUUGCUUUUUCAUUAUUUAUGGUGUGCAUUUUCUCAGAUGUAAUGUAAUGAAUAGACAAUAUAACAUGAAAUUAUGAAAAAAUGUGGUUUUAUGAGAUGAAAUGAUACAAGUUCAUGUGGAAUGGAUGAAUGAAAGUAUAGGAUGAAUAAUUUUUCUAUAUAACAGGCUGCAUCCUCCCUGAAGAGGGAUGGCUGAGACAAGGCGACCACUUGCACAAACAUACUCACAAUCACACCCACAAGCAUGCUUUCACCUUUUAACCUCUUGACCAGUUGAAGGAAGAUGAAAAAUAAGUGUGCAUGUGUGUGUGUGUGUGUGUGUGUGUGUGUGUGUGUGUGUGUGUGUGUGUGUGUGUGUGUGUGUGUGUGUGUGUGUGUGUGUGUGUGUGUGUGUGUGUGUGUGUGUGU